AUGGAGCCAAUCAACAACGAAGUCCUUCACGAAUUUCGCUUCUUUCGGGUGUACAAAGACGGUCGCAUUCAAAAAUUCUACGACACCCAAAAAACCCCACCAUCCAAUGACCCGAUCACGGGUGUCCAAUCCAAGGACGUUAUAAUUCAACCCAAACCCGCCGUUUCCGCCCGUAUUUUUCUACCCAAGAUCCACGACCCGACCCAAAAACUCCCCGUCCUCUUCUUCCUCCACGGUGGCGGGUUUUGCAUCGAGUCCGCCUUCUCUCCAAUUUAUCACAACCACGUCUCCCGUUUGGCUGCUGAAGCUCACGCAAUUGCGGUGUCCGUUGAAUAUGGGUUGUUCCCGGAGCGACCCGUACCCGCUUGUUAUGAAGACUCAUGGGCUGCGCUCCAGUGGGUCGCGUCCCAUGCUACCGGGGAUGGACCCGAGUCGUGGUUAAACGAGUAUGCUGACUUUGACCGGGUUUUUAUAGGCGGGGACAGUGGUGGAGCGAACUUAUCACACAAUUUGGCAGUUCGGGUCGGGUCGGUCGGGUUACCGGGCGUGAAGAUUGAUGGGGUGGUUCUGGUGCACCCGUUCUUUGGGGGCUUGGAGGAGGAUGAUCAAAUGUUUCUCUACACGUACCCAGAUAACGGUGGGUUGCAUGAUCCCAAGCUGAGACCGCCCGCAGAGGAUUUCGCAAGGCUGUCGUGCGGGAGGGUGUUGAUAUUUUUUGCUGCGGACGACCAUCUGAGAGAGGCGGGGCAGAUGUAUUAUGAUGACCUGAAAAAGAGUGAGUGGGGUGGGAGUGUUGAGGUGGUGGAGCAUGAGGGUGAGUGCCACGUGUUUCACUUGUUCAAACCUGAAUGUGAGAAGACUGUAGAGAUGGUCAAGAAAUUUGGAUCCUUCAUCAACCAAAAGUAG